AUGCGGAUUCCUACAAAUAUUGUUGCCCUAUCUCUGCCUGCGCUUGGCGGUAGCAUCAGCAUCCCCCAACUCGAAUUUCCUUCGUUGGGCAAGAAGAGCGCAGCCAGCACAACGAUAGCACCCAUUCCUUCACCUGAACCAAUUGAGAUCUACCGGGUUCCCCCGCCGCCCGCAACCUCUAACACCUCAGAGAACGGCUGUACUACAACGCUUAAUCCUCAUGGAACAGGAUGUAUCAGCAUAACAACCUCAGGCAAUGUCAUGGGCAGUGGGAGUUUCCUGCCUGAUGGUGUCCAUGUUACCGCCUACGUGACUUUUGUUGGAGCUCCAGCAGCGCCAGACCCCGCCACCAUAUAUACUGGAACCCAGCUGAUCAUAUUGAAGACAGAUGGCAACCUUUUCCCCAACGGCGAUUCGUGGAAAUGCAUUACUUGUGGUGUCUCGGCGGCCAAUAGUGUCGGUUCCACAGCAUUGACUCCAUAUCCUCAGGCUUUCAAAGACGGUAGUCGGGUCAUGGUUGGCACAAACAUCGUCGACUGCGGCGCGCAUCAACUCGCCAGUGAGGAUUGCACACCGGAUGAAGUUCACAUCUACCCGAUCAGAUGGAGCAACACAGCAAAUGACUCUAACACUGGGGCGGGUGGCUCUAUUCGCGAACUCCGGCUAGCUCCAGACCAGGUUCAUAUUUCGUUCAACGCAUACAUCUACUCGGGCACCCAGCUGAAUGAGAUAGGCUUCACCCCCCGCUUGAAGUUCAACGCAACUGGCACUGACGGCACUAAUCCCCGCUAUGAGCUUACCAAUGUCAACUUGCUCUUCAACCCAAACAACAAGGGCAUCAUCGCCGCCAACGGCAAUCACGCUGUCAACACCUCUGGGAUUUCCAUGGGCGAGCUCCGCGGCUGGGCGAGCCAAGGCGAAGAGCUCACCUAUAUCGGUUACCCGGUCGAAUCGUGCAACAUUGACGCCUUCGCAAUCAGCCUGGACACUGGCGCUGUGCGUCGCCUUACCGAGCAUCCCGAGUACGUCGACCCCAUCGACUUUUCUCCCGACGGCAGAUGGCAGAUCAUCAUGGACACACGCGGCACGGGGCGCCAAAUGUUUCUCGCCGGCUUACGAACCAUACCUCCCAUCAUUGACAUGCUCGUUACCGGGGCCGUGUCCUCGGUGCGCAACAACGGCGCCCGCCGCUUCUUCCAGCCGUGGCUGCUGGACCAAUAUGGCGACAGAGGCCUCUACUUCGGCCAGCAGAUCAAUUCCGAGGGCGAUGGCUUGCCAGGCAGCGUCAACGAUCCGAACUGGAACUCCGGCGCCGAUCCGCGCUGGUCCCCCGAUGGCACCCGCAUCGUCUACUACCAGAUGCUUGCGAGCUCGCCCGCGUGCGGCGGAUCCAUUCCCCUCCCGUGCGAGACAUCAACUGAGCCCUACGGCCAAGGAAUCCGGAUCAUAGUGGCGAAUCUAACUAGCCGCACGCCUAUCGACCCUCCGAGCGUGCCGGGGAUCCCCGAUGUCAUCCCCUGGGCUAUUCAGUAUACGCCAGGUAUGACGAUUCCGUCGGUACAGUCGCUGGCCGCUGGCAGCUACGUUCUGCAGGGUAGAGCGUCCGGCUCCGCCGCCGUCACCAUCACCUACGACGCAUCCGGCUCGUACAUACAGACCAUCAACGUCACAUACUACGAUCUCUGCGACAACGGUGUUAACACGGUGAUGGGUUUCGAGAGCGUCUCGGUCACGCCGUACAAUGCCACCGCCAGCCUGUACAAUUGGUACUCAAAUAUCACAUCUACAGGCGCCCAUGGCUCCGGCACAAAGGUGACUACCCCCGGUGGCUUCCAUCUCACCAUUGAUUACAUGACGAAUUUGUUUUAUGCAGAGGGCAACUUAACAACAACGAUUGAUGGCGUGUCUUACUAUCAGCCACUAAACUUUGCAUAA